AUGACAGACUACGAGCCUACUACCUCCGGAGUGACGGUGGUGGAAGGACCUUCCCAAGACGAAUGGUCUUCCAUCAAAGGGAUAUUCAUUGAGCUAUACGUGCAUCAAGAAAAGAAGCUCUCCGAGAUCAAGCAGAUUCUGGCCGACCAAUACGACUUUCACGCAACCGAAAAGGCCUUUAAGAGACGGAUAGCGACGUGGGGGGCGUUCAAGAACUACAAGUCGACCGAGAAAGAGGCCGUCGUGCAUUUGAUCACGCAAUCUACAUCCACAACAACACACGGGGUGGUACCUCCGCCUCCUCCGGUCCAGCUGCAUGGGAAGCCUAUCAAAUGGGAUCGCAUCAGACGAUUCAGCAGACCCCAGGGGCAGGGACGAAAGCGAACCCAGCGAAAAACAACCGGAGUGCCGCCGAUAGGCGAGAAGAUUCACCUGGAUCUACACCCCAACGCCUUUCGGUCGACCGUAGACAUUGACGAGCGCAUCUUGCUCUUGACCAAGUCUUAUCUGGAUUGGAACGUGUCGUUCUGGAGUCCACUUGGCCUCGCAAACCGCCGGCGGAGGCGGCAGCAGCAGCAACAAGAACAACAAAACGACCACGAAGUCGCAAGUCUCGACUACCAAAGUGGUGGUGAUAGCGUGUCGCUGUUGUUCAACAAAUGUUUCUACGACGCAAUCCCCUUGCUCUUGACGGGCGAUACGGUCGGGGCAUUCAGAGAAAUCAAUCUGGCCUGCAGCCUCGCGUCCCACUGCUUCCAGACAUCUCCCUAUUGGAUAUUCCUGCGCCUUCUUCGGCUGUACUCGUAUCCACUUUGGGACCGGUUCCCGGAUGUGCGGGCCCAGAUAGUGCAUUUCCUCCAAGCGCUUGCUUUUCGCACCCUUUCCGAGGGGCAUGUCUUGAAACCGCUGCUGAAGCUGUGGACGCAGGGCGAGAUCGACGCCAACGCCGGCCGGAUAGCUUCCAUUCUGCGCCUGUCGUCCGACAAGUUCGGUCCGGCCAGCGGCCUGGACGUCGAUGAGUGGGCCUGGAUCCAGGACGAGAUCUGCUCGCUCAAUUACCAACGAAAAGAAUUCGACGACGCGCUGCGCAUCGCCCGCCGGCUGGCCCAGGACCCCAGUGUGCCCCUCGGAGUACACAUCGCCGCCCUGCAGAUGAUUGCCCGCCAGUAUCUCCAGAACGACGACGUCGCGGCCGCCGAGCCUGUCCUCCUCGAGACCCUGCGACUGUGCCAGGAAAGCGGCUACGAUGACGAUUUCAAGGCUCGCUUCCUCCAGCAGACCUUUUCCGACAUGGGCUACAUGUACGGCGCCCGACGGGACGCUGACCGCGCCAAAAGUGCCCACUACUACCAGCAGGCGCUCGCCAAAGCCGCCCAAGCGCAAAACCCAGCAAACAUGGCCUCGAUCCGUUGUCGCAUUGAGGCCAUGGCCAAGCUCCACGCCCAUGAUAAAGCGGGAAACAAGGCGCAGGCGCAGGCGCAACAGGACACUACGAGCUGGGCACUCUGGGCUUUUUGUCGACCGUACUCUUGA